AAGUUAUCUUUUCUGAAGUCGGUGAUUUCCCCUUUUUUAUCGCAAGGCGCUCAUCAUAUUUGUCUGGAAUCCCUGGAAUAAUCUCCAGCACUAACACUGUGUUUGGGCAAAGUAAAGUACCGAAGUUUAUGGCACUGGCUCAAAAAGUUUGUGGUAUAUAACGCAAAUGAAACCAUGUAAUAAUCAUCAGUUCAAGAUCAGCUUCUAAUAUUGAACGAGAGUGGGUGAAGUGAAAGCAACAGCAAACAGCAUAUAACUAUAAUACAGAUCAAAAAUGAAGUUCUGUGCAUACCUUCCACUGCUCAUGGUACUGGCGGUGGUAGUCUCGACUUCAGCCAAGCACCACAAGAAGAGAAAGAACUGGCAGGUUCAACCAGGCGUUGGUCGUGACGGAGCUGGAAACGUCAAUGCAGGAGUAGAAGUGAAAAAUUCUGGGAAGAACCAUGAUUUCGAAGCUGGCUGGAGCAAAGUAGUACGAGGACCCAAUAGAGCCAAGCCUACAUGGCACGUAGGCGGUACUUGGAGGUUCAAAAGAUCGCCGGAUCCACAAUGGGAAGUCAAUCCUGGUGCAAACCGAGAUGAAAAUGGUAACGUCAACGCCGGUGUUGAGCUUAAAAGGAAAGGAGAAAAACACGACUUUGAUGCAGGAUGGAAUAAAGUAGUCAGUGGGCCUAAUAGAGCUAAACCAACAUGGCAUGUCGGUGGUACCUUUAGAUUCAAGAGAUCGCCAGUACCUGACUGGCAAGUCAACCCUGGGGCUAACCGUGAUGAAGACGGUAACGUCAAUGCUGGUGUUCAAAUUAAAAAUAAAGGCAAAGAUCAUGAUUUUGAAGCUGGAUGGAACAAAGUUGUACGGGGUCCAAAUCGAGCCAAACCAACAUGGCAUGUAGGUGGUACUUGGAGGUUUAAACGAUCACCCGAACCCCAAUGGGAGGUUAAUCCUGGUGCUAAUCGUGAUGAUAAUGGUAACGUAAAUGCAGGUGUUGAGGUUAAAAGAAAAGGAGCAAAACACGACUUUGAAGCUGGAUGGAACAAGGUAGUAAGAGGACCCGAUAGAGCUAAACCAACAUGGCAUGUAGGUGGUACCUUUAGAUUUAAAAGGUCCGUGGAUAUUGCGGAUGAUGUACCCCUCGUAGUUUUUCCUGAAGAAGAACAACAAAUAGCGUCCUCUUAACUACAAAUGUGCCAUUAAUACUUAAUAGUGAAAAUAUGUGUUCAAUAGUUAGGAUUAUUUAUUUUUUUAUAUGUUUAUUUAUAACAAAUUAAAUAAAUUUAAAAACGAAA